GUUCUGGUGUUUUGUAAUUCCGAUUUUUAUUAUUGUUGGCAAGGUUGGCGUCGCGUACGUAUUUUAGUAGAGUGUUUAAAACAUGGACGUUAUCGACUUGUUAGAAAAACGCAUCGAAGCAUUAGAAUUGAAAAUCCUCCCAAAAGACAAGACUUUGAAUCUUAAAUCGCAGUCCAUAACUGAUCUGCUUCUACACACCCAAACCAUGAUUUCUUCAGCACUAAGUUGUCGAGACGCGAUUACAUCAAUUUUACAACAUAUGACUACUAUCAAUGAAUACCUUGAUCCCUGCAAUGGUGAAAGUGAGCUGGAAGUUGAAGCAAAGCGGCAUUAUUUGCUGGAAUUGUAUCCAGACUUGCAGGAUACUGUUCAGUUGAUUAGAACAUUUGAAAAUCUUGUACCUUUUACCGACUCCGUCAAUAUUACCAAGAUAACUGAACUUUCAGAGAAGCUGGAUCGACUUGCAGUAGCAAAUCUUGCUACCUAUGAGGAAAGUCGGGAAGUAAUACAAAAUGUUCUUAAGACGUUACAACAAUACAAUGAUAUCACUGGAUCAAUUAAGAUUUUGUUUACUCAGAUGGACCAAGCUAUUAGUGACCUUGAGGUCGCCUUGCAACCAAAAUUUGUUAGUGAAGAAUAAAUUUAGCUCAUUAGUUGCACAGUUUUCUUAGUCCUGAAGUUUGACAGGGGAUUAAAAUAUUACACACUAUUAUUUUGUCUGUCUAUUUUUAAUCUGUUCGGUCAAUAAUUUUAAUGUGCUAUGUCUAUUUUAUCGGUACUGAAAAAAAUUAUAUUAAUCUAUUGCAAAAUAACAAUGUUGUAUAUUUAUGAUACAUAUAUUAGAGCUCCAUCGAUGCUUGAGACUGAGAAAAUGGUGCAAACUUGUAACUUAAUAUUUUUUGUACAUUAUUUAUUAAUUCCUAUUAAUGUUAUAUACUAUAAUACCAUCUAUAAUAUAUACAUUUUAAGGCAUUUCAUUUAGCUGAUUGUCUCAAUUGUUUUUAUAUAUACUUUUGUAUUUGUAUUUGUAGUUAUAAGUCUCGUGUUCCACAAAUUAUUUGCAAAACGAAAAACAAGCUUCUACCUUUUUUAUUUGAUAAACCACUUGCAGUACUCUGACAAAAAAGACACUCCAUUUUUUUGCAGGAAAGAUUAAUAUUAUAUAAAAGACGGUUAUACCUUUUAGUGUAGGUGUGUUGAAAAUUUUCUUCUCACUAAAAAUGGUUGUUUUGAAAUAUAUGACGUUAUGCUUGCACCAUCAAUUGUUUUUCCGAGUUCAUGUCUUUAAACACUUUCGUGUUAUGUGACUGUGACAAUUUACAACCAAGCAACAACAAUUGGGCAAGAACAAUUUGCUAGCUUAAUGUUGAAUUAACAGUGGAAAUAAAAAUUAUAGCAGCUUAAAAAGCUAGAGGCAAUAUGUUGAAAACUCAAAUAAAUAAAACAUAAAGGUUUUAAAAUUUCCGGCCUAUUAGAACGAUUUAUAUGAUCGUAGUUCAUAAUUUUUUCGAUUUUUCAGGAAGGAAUGUGUUUCAUUUAGGGCAAUAAUAACACCCUCUACUGAGAAAUUUUGUCAAAACUGGUGUUUCCAUGAGAUGCGCUACGAAACUUUUUGAGACAAACCGUUCUGAGUUGACCACGAUCAUAUAGACUAUAGAUAGACAAUAGAAAAAUCAAAGUUGUUUAAUUUAAAACAAAUGAAAUUCGGUACGGGAUGAAGUGCAAAAUUAAUUAGGUACUUCUGGAUUUUCUGUAAAUUUGAAAAUAAUCCUAUAAAAAAAAUAAACGAACCGAAAACUGAAAUUUUCAGUUGGUAGGUCAUACAUCUGGGCAGUAGCAAAGAUAACUUUGUGAUAACGGGAACUAGUCUGUAUAU